UAAUGGUGGAGGGAUACGUAACCGGCAAUGUAUAAAUAACACAGCCCUUUGUUUCCGAUAACAGCCUCGUUUCCUGAAGGUUCAAGAACAGCGGCGUUGAUAAUUUGUUUUGUCAAGAUGCAGAUCUUUGUGAAGACCCUGACUGGUAAGACCAUCACACUGGAGGUUGAGCCCAGUGACACCAUCGAGAAUGUGAAGGCCAAGAUCCAGGACAAGGAGGGCAUCCCCCCAGACCAGCAGCGUCUGAUCUUUGCCGGCAAGCAGCUGGAAGAUGGCCGCACCCUGUCCGACUACAACAUCCAGAAGGAGUCCACCCUCCAUCUUGUGCUCCGUCUGAGGGGAGGUAUGCAGAUCUUUGUUAAAACCCUGACUGGUAAGACCAUCACCCUCGAGGUUGAGCCCAGUGACACCAUCGAGAAUGUGAAGGCCAAGAUCCAGGACAAGGAGGGCAUCCCCCCAGACCAGCAGAGGCUGAUCUUUGCCGGCAAGCAGCUGGAAGAUGGCCGCACCCUGUCCGACUACAACAUCCAGAAGGAGUCCACCCUCCAUCUUGUGCUCCGUCUGAGGGGAGGUAUGCAGAUCUUCGUUAAAACCCUGACUGGUAAGACCAUCACCCUCGAGGUUGAGCCCAGUGACACCAUCGAGAAUGUCAAGGCCAAGAUCCAGGACAAGGAGGGCAUCCCCCCAGACCAGCAGAGGCUGAUCUUUGCCGGCAAGCAGCUGGAAGAUGGCCGCACCCUGUCCGACUACAACAUCCAGAAGGAGUCCACCCUUCACCUGGUCCUGCGUCUUCGUGGAGGCAACUAGUUAACUUCUACUCUUAACAAUGUUACAUCUUAACCCCAAUUUCCCUCAUCCCAAAUUCCUUCAUUACUGCCAACCCCACCCUUUGACCUCACUCCAAUCCCACCACUGACUUUCCCUCCCACCCUAACCUCUAAUCCUCAGCUCUUAAAAAAAAUUAAAAAAUCAUCAAUAAAGUUCAAGCAUUCCUCA